AUCGAGAAAAAGAAAAAGGGGCGCAGAACUGUUCUGCCGAGAGGAGAGAGAGAGAGAGUGGAGCGUUCUUCGAUUUCGGGUUUGGAUACUGAAGUCCAUUGGGGUUGAUUUUAAUUAAAAUCUAGCUUGUGAAUUGGAAGUUGAUUAGAGGAACUAGAAGUUUCGAGCUUGGGAAAUUUUCUUGCUCUUAGGUUGUUGUUUCAGUAUGGUGAACGCCAUUAAAGGACUGUUUAUUUCCUGAUUAAUGUAAAAACUUAAAGUCUGUUGAAGGACUGGCUGGGAGGUUAAGAUGAGUAUAGUAGUGCUGUUACUGCUUGACAUACCCAUGGCACAAUUCAUCAUCAACCUAAAUGCUUCAAUGCCCACAUCACAGAAAUUCAUAAUACACAUCUUGGAUAAUACUCACAUGUUUGUGCAACCCCAUGUAGCUGAAAUGAUUCGAAGUGCCAUCGCUGAAUUUAGGGAUGCAAAUUCCUAUGAGAAGCCUGCAUAAUUUCUUUUCCAUUUAUCCCUUGGUAAAGUUACAUGUCAUAGAUUGUUAUGUAUUCAAAGCUCUCUCUCAUCUAUUUGGAUAGACAUUUACUGUUUAAAAUGGAUCAUGUGCUUCUAGCAGGAUGCUCUUUAAUUGGAAAUGUGAUGCUUUAAAGUUGGAAAUGA